AUGUUUCUUAACUCUCAAGAGCGAACCUUGGAGGUGUCUUUCCGUGUUACUCACGGUAAGGAUUCUUUCAUGGUGUAUGCGAGCACUGAGAACAUGAGAUGUUUUGAAUGCGGUGAUUUGGGACACAAGCUCUUCGCGUGUCCGCAUAAGAACGAACAACGCGCGUCUACUUCUCGUGGCGACGGCGACAAUACCGAUCAUAGCAAUAAGGCAGAAUCUCAGGGAGCUGAAGAACAGGAUCAAAGAGUUACACAGGAAGUGAAGGGGCAGCAAGAGAGUGAUGCUGAAGAUCUGUGUGAGGGCAGUGAUCUUUUACAGUCAGGUGUUUCUGAGGAAAAUAUGGCCGAUGAGACUGAGAAUGUUGGAUCAGUGGAAGGCUUGGCGUAUCACAGAGCAUGGGACACGUUAUACUGGACCAGUUACACCACCUCCACCAUUACCCGUCACACUGUGGACCAGAGCCGCUGGGGGGCUUUUGACCGUGAUAUGGUGGUCACUAUGUCAGGAGAUGACCACCCGCGGGCGUUUGUGCUGGAUGAGUGUCAAAAUUUGAUGUUUUGGACCAACUGGAAUGAGCAGUCUCCCAGUAUCAUGCGAGCUCAGCUGUCUGGUUCCAAUGUGCUUGUGAUCAUUGGCAGUGACAUUCGUACCCCUAAUGGACUCGCAAUCGACCAUCGUGCAGAGAAGCUGUAUUUCUCUGAUGCUACACUUGAUAAGAUUGAGCGCUGCGAGUAUGACGGAAGUCAUCGAUAUGUUGUACUUAAGAAUGAGCCAGUGCAUCCCUUCGGUUUGGCCGUGUAUGGUGAUCAUAUUUUCUGGACGGACUGGGUGCGCAGAGCGGUCCUCAGAGCUGACAAAUACGUUGGUGGAGACAUGAAGGUGUUACGCGCUGAUAUCCCACAACAGCCCAUGGGAAUCACCGCUGUGGCCAACGAUACAAAUAGCUGUGAGUUCUCGCCCUGCCGGGUGAAUAAUGGAGGCUGUCAGGACCUGUGUCUGCUCUCAUCAGACAGCCGGGUGAACUGUAGCUGCAGGGGAGAGAGGAAAUUGCUAGAGGACAACACCUGCAUAGCUCAGAACACGUCGUGCAGCAGUAUGGAUGACUUUGAGUGUGGGAAUGGUGACUGUAUCAAGUACACGCUCACAUGUGACGGCAUGGCCCACUGCAAAGACAAAUCCGAUGAGAAACAGUCCUACUGCACUAAUCGUUUUUGUAAGAAGGGUUACAAACGUUGUGUCAAUGGACGCUGUGUCGGUCACAGUUCCUGGUGUAAUGGCCGAGAUGACUGUGGGGAUAACUCGGAUGAACUGUUCUGUAAUGCGACAAUGUGCACAGCUGAUCAGUUUCAGUGUAGAGAUGGAUCAUGUGUGUCCAACUCCAGUCGCUGUAACCAGGUGUUGGACUGUGAGGAUGCCAGCGAUGAAAUGAACUGCUCGGGUGUCGAUUGUUCCAGUUAUUUCCGUUUGGGUGUGAAGGGCGUCACUUAUCAGCGCUGUGAGUUCACUUCACUGUGUUACUCCCUGUCAUGGGUCUGUGAUGGAGCAAAUGACUGUGGAGACUUCUCCGACGAAAGAAACUGUCCAGAUAAGAAGAAGAGAAAGUGUCCAUUAAAUUUUUUCGCUUGUCCCAAUGGCCGUUGCAUUCCCAUGAGCUGGACCUGUGAUAAAGAGAAUGACUGUGAGAAUGGAGAUGAUGAGGCACACUGCGAUAAGUUCUGCUCAGCGAUGCAGUUUGAGUGCGGGAAUCAUCGCUGUAUCUCCAGAAGCUGGGUUUGUGACGGGGCAGAUGACUGUGAAGACGGGUCAGAUGAGGACAGCAGAUGCAAAAAUAAGACGUGCAGUGCGGACGCUUUCCAGUGUCCAGACUCACACAAGUGUGUCCCUCAGCACUGGAUGUGUGAUGGAGACAGAGACUGCCCGGAUGGAGCCGAUGAGAGUGUGAAGGCCGACUGUGUGUUCAAUAACACGUGUAAGACAGGAGAGUUCAUGUGUCAGAACAGACAGUGUAUCCCCAAACACUUUGUGUGCGACCACGACAAUGACUGUGGCGAUGGAUCUGAUGAAUCUUCAGUGUGCGAGUAUCCAGCUUGUAAGGCCAAUGAGUUUCGCUGUGAUAAUGGCCGUUGUCUGAUUCAGAAGUCUUGGGAAUGUGAUGGAGAGUUUGACUGUCAUGAUCACUCAGAUGAAGCUCCCAAAAACCCGAACUGCAAUGGCCCUGCAGAAAAAAAAUGUAACGAGACGGCAUAUGCAUGUGGAAACGGUCGAUGCAUUAAUGAGACGUUACUUUGCAAUCGCAAUGAUGACUGUGGAGAUGGUACGGAUGAACUCAACUGCUUCAUUGAUGAAUGUGUGAACAGUAAACUGAGCGGCUGCUCUCAGCUCUGUGAGGACCUGAAGAUCGGCUUUAAGUGCAGGUGUCACCCUGGCUUCAGACUGAAGGAUGAUGGGAAGACGUGUGUGGAUGUAGAUGAGUGUUCCAGCACAUAUCCCUGCACACAGCACUGCAUUAACACACACGGCAGUUUCCGCUGUGUGUGUGUGGACGGCUUUCAGCUCAGCCCCACUGACCCCACCGUCUGCAAGUCCACCUCGGACGAGGAGCCGUUCCUUAUCUUUGCCAACCGUUACUACUUGAGGAAGCUCAGCCUCGAUGGUACAAACUACACUCUUAUAAAGCAGGGUUUGAACAACGCUGUUGCUUUAGAUUUCGACUAUCGGCAGCAGAUGAUCUACUGGACGGAUGUGACGACUCAAGGCAGCAUGAUACGACGCAUGCACAUCAAUGGCAGCAAUGUGCAGGUUCUUCACCGCACAUCUCUCAGUAACCCUGAUGGUGUGGCUGUUGAUUGGGUGGGUGGAAAUCUGUACUGGUGUGAUAAAGGACGAGACACUAUCGAGGUAUCCAAGUUGAACGGAGCGUACAGAACUGUGUUGGUCAACACUGGACUGCGGGAACCGAGAGCCGUAGCUGUGGAUGUCCGUAAUGGAUAUCUGUACUGGUCAGACUGGGGUGAUAAUCCUCAUAUCGGACGCAUUGGGAUGGACGGCACUAACAGAAGCGUGAUCAUACAGGACAAGAUAACCUGGCCCAACGGACUCACUCUAGACUUCAUCAAUGACCGAAUCUACUGGGCCGACGCCAGAGAGGACUACAUCGAAUUCGCCAGCUUAGAUGGGUCCAACAGACACAGGGUUUUGACUCAGGACAUUCCGCACAUCUUUGCCAUGACGUUGUUUGAGGAGUACAUCUACUGGACGGACUGGGAGACGAAAUCCAUCAACAGAGCUCACAAGACCCUCGGGACCAACAAGACCGUGCUGAUCAGCACCCUGCACAGACCCAUGGACAUCCACAUCUACCACCCCUACAGACAACCUGAGGUCACGAAUCACCCAUGUCAGACAGACAACGGCGGAUGCAGUAACUUGUGUCUGCUGUCACCGGGUGGAGGUUAUAAAUGUGCCUGCCCCACAAACUUCUACCUGGCUGCUGAUGGGAGACAGUGCAUGUCCAACUGCACCGCCAGUCAGUUUGUCUGCAAAAACGACAAGUGUAUCCCCUUCUGGUGGAAGUGCGACACAGAGGACGACUGUGGCGACCGAUCCGACGAGCCCGCAGACUGCCCCGAGUUUAAAUGCAGACCUGGUCAGUUCCAGUGCGGCACUGGCAUCUGCACAAACCCAGCGUACAUCUGUGAUGGAGACAACGACUGCCAGGACAACUCUGAUGAGGCCAACUGCGAUAUCCACGUGUGUCUGCCCAGUCAGUUUAAAUGCACCAGUCCUAGUCGCUGUAUUCCAGGAAUAUUCCGCUGUAAUGGUCAGGACAACUGCGGCGAGGGAGAGGACGAGAAAGACUGCCCGGAGGUGACGUGUGCACCUAACCAGUUCCAGUGCUCUAUAACCAAGCGCUGUAUCCCGCGGGUGUGGGUGUGUGACCGCGACAAUGACUGCGUGGAUGGAUCUGAUGAACCCGCCAACUGCACUCAAAUGACGUGUGGUGUGGAUGAGUUUCGCUGUAAAGAUUCUGGCCGCUGUAUCCCAGCUCGCUGGAAAUGCGACGGAGAGGACGACUGUGGCGACUCUUCAGAUGAACCCAAAGAGGAGUGUGAUGAGAGGACGUGUGAGCCGUAUCAGUUCCGCUGUAAAAACAACCGAUGUGUGCCUGGCCGCUGGCAGUGUGACUAUGACAACGACUGCGGCGACAACUCAGACGAGGACAAGUGUUUGCCCAGGAAGUGCUCUGAGAGCGAGUUUGCUUGCACCAGCGGUCGCUGUAUCGCUGGCCGAUGGAAGUGUGAUGGAGACCAUGACUGCGCUGAUGGAUCUGAUGAGAACGGCUGUGAUGUGAAGUGUGAUAAUGACCAGUUUCAGUGUAAGAACGGUCACUGUAUCCCGUUCCGCUGGAGGUGUGACGCUGAUGCGGACUGCAUGGACGGCAGCGAUGAGGAGAACUGCGACACUGGAGUGGGUCAAUACUGCCUCCUGGAUGAGUAUCAGUGUAAUAACACUCUGUGUAAACCACUGGGCUGGAAGUGUGAUGGGGAGGAUGACUGCGGAGAUAACUCUGAUGAAAACACAGAAGAGUGCAAACGAUUCCACUGUCCUCCCAACAGACAGUUCAGAUGCCAUAAUGAUCGAGUGUGUCUGCCGGUGUCUAAACAAUGUGACGGUGUUGACAACUGUGGAGAUAACAGCGAUGAACUGAACUGCCAAACUCCAGCCCUUGCGCCCUGCGGAAAGACCGACUUUAUGUGCAGUAACGGCAGGUGUAUAAGUGCAAACCUCCGCUGCAAUUUCUUCAAUGACUGUGAGGACUACGGCUCUGAUGAGAACAACUGCAACAAGAAAGAUUCGGGUCUGAAUGAAUGUCAUCAUAACCGCAGCGUCUGUGCCGAGGAGGCUCACUGUGUAGUAAACGGAAGCGACUCCUUCUGUUCCUGCAGGCCCGGCUUCCAGAAAACACUGCAGCAGACCUGCGCAGAUAUAAAUGAGUGCAAGAAGUUUGGGGUGUGUUCUCACAUCUGUAACAACACAAAGGGUUCACACAAAUGCAGCUGCUACAAGUUCUUCACCAGAGUCAACGACACCUGCAAAGCUGACAGCAGUGACAAGCAAGUUCUGUACGUCGCAGACGAUAAUGAAAUCCGCAGUCUGUAUCCAGGAAUGCAAAACUGGAUAUACGAACAAGCCUUCCAGGGGGAUGCAAAUGUCCGAAUUGAUGCAAUGGAUGUGCACAUCAAAUCCAAACGAAUCUUCUGGACUAACUGGCACACUGGCAGAAUCUCAUCCUUCGAGCAGCCAUCUAAUGGACCUGUCUCACCAAACUCAAACCGCAAUCGACGACAAACUGAUCCCAGAGUUACUGAUCUAGAGAUCCCUGGAAUAAAGAUGCCUCGUGGGAUAGCUGUGGACUGGGUGGCCAACAACAUUUACUGGACGGACUCGGGUCGUGAUGUCAUUGAAGUGGCACAAAUGAACGGACGCAAUCGUAAAACGCUCAUCUCAGGCAUGAUUGAUGAACCCUACGCCAUUGUGGUGGACCCUCAGAGGGGCACUAUGUACUGGGCCGACUGGGGAAACCACCCCAAGAUUGAGACGGCAGCCAUGGACGGCACCAUGAGAGAGACGCUGGUACAUGAAAACAUCCAAUGGCCCACAGGUCUAGCUGUGGAUUAUUUCAAUGAGCGACUGUACUGGGCUGAUGCUAAACUCUCUGUUAUUGGCAGUGUGAGACUGAAUGGAACAGACCCCGUCUUAGCCAUUUCCAGCAUUAAGAACAAUUUGCAUCAUCCCUUCAGCAUUGACAUCUUUGAGGAUUUCAUCUACGGCGUGACCAACCAGAACAACUUUGUCUUCCGCGUAAACAAGUUUGGCAAAGGGUCUGUUGAGCAUCUGACUGCAGGCAUGAAUCAUGCCACGGAUCUGGUCCUGUAUCACCCUUACAAACAGCCAGAGAUGACGAACCCAUGUGACAGGAAGAAGUGUGAGUGGUUGUGUCUGCUCAGUCCCAGCGGUCCAGUGUGCACAUGUCCAAACGGCCGAAUACUGGACAACGGCACCUGUGUGGAUGUGCCCACGCCCACACUGUCACCUGUCUCUCCGAGUGGCACCUGUAAUAUGCUGUGUCUGAAUGGUGGCACCUGUGUGCUGAACGCCAGGAAACAGCCCAAGUGCCGAUGUCAGCCCAACUAUUCGGGAGAAAGAUGUGACAUAAACCAGUGCACAGAUUACUGCCAGAACGGAGGAACCUGCACUGCAUCUCCUACAGGAGCUCCAACUUGCCGUUGCCUGGCAGGCUUCACAGGGCCCAACUGUAACAAACCCACGUGUCUGAACUACUGUAAGAAUGGAGGAAACUGUACGGUUAGCCGCGGUAACCAGCCCACCUGCGCCUGCCCUACAGAAUACCUGGGAGACCAAUGCCAAUACAGGAUGUGUGAUGGAUUCUGUGAUCACGGAGGAACAUGUAUGCAGUCCAGUGACGGGUCGAGACAAUGUCGCUGUCCUCCACGGUUCAUCGGCAACAACUGUGAAGUGGACAAAUGUCACUAUUGCCGGGAUGGCAAGUGUAUUCCCACGAAUCUCUACCAGCCUCAUGGAGAUGUUACAUGCAGGUGUAGCAACGGCAGAAUCCAGCCAAGCUGUUACACAUGUGAAGGAUACUGUGCUAAUGGACAAUGCUCCCUCGGCCCCACAAACCUCCCACAGUGCAAAUGUCCUCUUGAAUGGGAAGGGCAUCGCUGUGAGAAUCCUGCCACCAACAUGGAUACAGCAUCCAGUAGCCGCACAGCUUCAAUAGUGAUUCCAGUGAUUAUACUCAUACUGCUGGUGUUGCUCAUUGGAGGAGCAGUGUUGUGGUACAGAAAAAGGAUGAGAGGGCUGGGCAAAUCCCACUCCAAGCGACCGCGAGCCAAAGGCUUUCAGCAUCAGAGAAUGACCAAUGGCUCUAUGAAUGUUGAGAUCGGGAACCCAGCCUAUAAAAUAUAUGAAGGAGAACAAGAUGACGAUGUCGGAGAGUUGCUGGAUGCUGAUUUCACGCUGGAUCCGGACAAGCCAACCAACUUUACAAAUCCCGUGUAUGCUACUCUGUACAUGGGAGCUCACAACAGCCGCAAUUCCCUGGCCAGCACAGAUGAGAAGAAGGAGCUGCUAUCACAGGCCGACGAAGAGCCGCUGGUGGACCCCCUGGUUUAGAUCUGUCAGUUUCGUCCAAACCAUUUGAAGAAAAAACAUUUAGCCUUUUUGAGAAAAAAGAAUAAAAGCAGAAAAAACAGGAGGAAAUCAAUGAUCAAGUGUUAACACUGUAUAAAAUGUACAAAAUGGACUACUUUUGUAUGUGAUUGCAGUAUUAUAUUUUGUUCUUUUACAAUUCUUCUGGUCAGAACAAAACAUCAAGAGAAGGAUACAUUUUCUACUACAAAAACGUUUUUUUGCCAUUUUAUAGGUCACACCCCCUUUACCUUAAUAGCCACUACCUCUGUGCAAUAUGGAGUCGAAAAGAAAAAUGAACAAAAUUGGAACAUUUUUUAUUUUUGUAUGAGAUGUAUAGAGAAAAAUGUUGUUCCAUCAGUAGUGCCAACUGUUGUAUGUUUGACUGGGUACGUUUGUCCUGGAACAAAUGCUGUUUUCUUGAAUGUUGUUUGUUUUAAACUUAACACAAUAUCAAGCAGAUGAAAUCAGUUUUACAUUACAAUACAGUUUUAUGACUUCCAUUAUAAAUUCAUAACUGUCAAGUGUAGUUUUCUCUUGCGCAGAUCUAGGCCAUCGCAGUAUUACAUUAGUGAAAUUUACGGAUGACCAUAAAGGUUUUUACAUAACAUGUUGUGUGUUUAGACGGACAAAAUGUUUAGAUGAUGCAAACACACUAGCUGUUAAAGAUUUGACACACUUGACUGAAAGUCCCUAUAAAAGAUGAAGAGAAUGCAGAUGAGUGUCCAGCAUACAUGGCAUCUUUAAUAUUGUCCCAGAAUGCAUAUAAUGAAUGUGCUGACCUGUAAUCUAGACGUUACAAGAUGUUUUAUUCACUAAAGUUCCAAUACUUCAGUUUGUGUUAUUAUUUUAGGACAAUAGUAAAGGAUGAGUGUGCCCAAACGUUUGACUGGUACUGUAAUUUGUUUUAAGAUAAAUGAAGUGAAGGAUCAUUAAAACUGAACUUUUUUAGAAGGUAGAAAGCUGCUUACCUAAAACAAUUCACAUUCCUGCAUUAAUUAUAGUGAUUUAUUUUCUAGGCUUGAUCGCAACCUUUAAAACUGCACAAAUUCUUCAAGACUUUUAGGUGUCAAAUUUACAGUUAUGAAAUUUUUUUUAAAUGUCAGUUAAACUGUGCAAUUUUGACAUGCGUUCACCUUGUCUUUUGUAAUCUGUCACUUAAUUAUACUUUCCAUCAUGUUGCUUAAAAUGUAUGAAAAUAUGCUUCCCCCCAGUAAUUUUCAUAAUAUGUUCCUGAGAUGCUGCGUUUGGUGUAAUGCUCAUUAGCCAUAUACUGUAGUUAAACAUGUUCCAAACAAACAUGUUUUACAACCAGAAAAGUAACAAAUGAACUUUUUUUUUCAAAAGACAAAAUUGUCAUCACAUAUCAGCUUUCUAAUAUCAAAUCCGUAUAAAAAUGACACGGCUUUUUAUAGUACCAAAUGCAUGGAUAAGAAUAAUGGAUAAGUUGUUAAACUUUUUUGCUGGAGUGCUUUAUGAACUAAAUAACAUAUUGUCAUAAAUAAAACAUGUCUUAAUCCUUUACCAUUUCAAGUUUGUUACACUGUUUGUUUUAUUAUUUUACAAAUAAAAUCUUAAUACUAAAUAUU